GCAGAUGAGAACUCCACGUACAGUGCACCUCGUCUCAGGUGAUAGAUGAUACCCGGGUGGCAUCAACAACAAAGCCUUGGAGGGUGUGUGUGUGUGUGUGUGUGCGCGUGUGUGUGUGUUGUGAGAACAAUUCAGAAAAUGAGGGCCCCUAGCAAUACAGCUCCGGUUAUAAAGUUAUAAAGGCAAACGGGGACAGGCGAUAAAUUAAAGCGAGGAGGAGCGAUGUUAAAAGAGGAGGAAUAAAACCGCGAGGUAACAAGGGAGGGGCUCCUGGAAUAAAUAAAUAACCAGGACUCUCGUCUCGUCGCCAGUCUACGCUUCUUCCUUCCAUCCGGCUGCCACCGUCUACCAGCGUCAACAUGAGAGCCGUUGUCUUGUUUUGUCUGCUGCUGGAAGCUUUCGGUCAGUUUAAUUCCUGGAACGGACCUGACGCAACAUCAGUGGCAACAGACCCUGAUUUAAGCAGCGUCUGUCUUGGGGACCACGCGUCGUGUGGCUGCUGCCUGAUGAAGAAACAGAUGAAGAGGUCGGAGGAGUUUUUUGACACUGUCUUUGCAGAAAUGCACAAGGAGCUGACAAGCGCAAAAACGUCCCUCGACGGCAUAAGAGCCAGCCGCAGCGCCUUCUCCGUCGCCCUGAGCAACGACGGCCCCUUCGCCUGCUCCGGCCCCUUCGCCGCCGACACACCCGUCGUCUACAAACACGCCCUCGUCAACCUGGGCAACGGCUACAGCGCGCAGACGGGCGUCUUCACCGCCCCCCUCUCCGGCGUCUACAGCCUCACCGUCACCGUCUACGCCAAAUUCGCCCCCGGCACCAACGCGGCCACCUGCGCUGAUCUGCAGGUCAACGGCAAUGUGGCGGCGUCCCUCAGCGAGCGGCGCGGCCAGGACGACGAAGACAGCGCCAGCGUCGUCGUGGCCAUGAAACUGAAGGCCGGGGACACGGUGGCUGUCAGCCUGCUCAAAGGAUGUUCCGUCUGCGAUGACCGCGGCCACUAUAACACUUUCACCGGCUUCCUGCUGUAUGCUACCGCCUAAGGCUGUAGCCACGUCGGCCAUUUGUACUGUACCAUCUUGUGCCCUUAAGGUUAAAGUCAAUUAAAUCUUUCAUCGUGACAGUUUUGAAUUGUAGCCCCCUCCCCCCCUCCAUCCUCUAUCUGAUCUUCUGUACCCUCAUCCCAACACAGUGCCGUCAUUCGUAGUUUGUCCUGAGAAACACUUCCCCGUCACUUGUCGACAGACCGUGUCUGUGAUGCCUUUUUGUCUGGAUUGAACCUGUGCAUUGUGCUGUAUGACCUUGCAAAUUCGUCUUGUCAUGCCACGUGUGUCAUAGCUGUUGGAUCUUUAAUCUGCUGAAAAUGAUUUCUGUCACUGAAUCGUACAAAAUGCAAAAUAAACCAGAGUUGU